AUGGCUCCUUCAACUCUGUUUUUUGCGGCGCUUGCCCUCGGCGCUGCCUCCCAGGCCAGUGCGACCUCCAGGACGGUCCCCGUUGCGGCCACAACAGUCCCAUCAACCAACUCUGUGGCCAAUGCUCCCUUCUUCGCCAGUGAAAUCCACCAACUUACAGAUGGCGUGCUAGCUGGGCUGCAGGCUUCCCUGGGAAAUUCUACCGCACUAUUCGAGUUCGGCCACAAUACCUCUACAAAGUCCCUUUCAUCCGGCGAGUGCAAGGUCUUCCCCAGUGAUGCAGCUUGGCCAUCCGACUCGACAUGGUCACUGUUUGACCAGUUGCUUGGAGGUGCGCUCAUCAAGACGGUCCCGUUAGCUGCAUCCUGCUAUCCGUCCUGGUCCGAGUACAAUAAAACCGAGUGCGACUAUGUGUCGGACGAGUGGACCGUCUCUUACCUCCAUGCAGCAGACCCCGCGUCGGUAAUGUGGCCGCUGUUCGAGGGCCGCAGUUGCUUGCCACCCGACCUGUCCUCCGGAUCUUGCACUUUGGGGGGCUACAGCAGCUACGCAGUAAACGUCAGCACGGUAGCGCAAAUACAGCUGUCCGUCAACUUUGCCCGCAAUGCUGGCCUGCGCCUAGUUGCCAAAAAUACCGGUCAUGACUUCAAUGGGAAGUCCACUGGCGCUGGAGCCCUCGGCAUCUGGACGCAUCACCUCAAAGAUAUCGUCUAUUAUGAGAACUACCAGCUGGGCAACUACAGCGGUCCCGCGGUCAAGAUGGGUGCCGGUGCUCAGGCGUUCGAAAUUUACGAGAAGGCCAACGAGCUUGGGUUUACUGCAGUAGGUGGCGAGGGGAAAACUGUGGGCGUGGCCGGUGGCUACGUGCUUGGAGGAGGUCAUUCACCCAUGUCGAGUCUGUACGGGUUGGCUGCAGAUCAGGUGCUGGCACUGGAGGUUGUCCUUGCCAGUGGCCGGUUUGUCACCGUUACCGAGCAAUCAGAUCCUGAUCUAUUUUGGGCCCUUCGUGGUGGUGGAGGAGGUACCUACGGCAUUGUAACCUCUGUCAUCUCUCGUGUCUACCCCAAAGUGCCGGUGACGGUGUCGACCUUCUCGUUCGCUACUGGCACCAAUGUCUCGGCUGACAUCUUCUGGGCCGGUGUGCGUGCCUACAUGCAACGGUUUCCAGUAAACGCCGAUGCCGGAACCUACGCCUACUUCUGGGUCAUCUCGACGGGCACUGACGCGUUCGAAUUCCUAAUGAACCCCUACUUUGCGGUGAAUCACACCGUAGCCGAGUUCAAUGCCCUGAUGCAGCCGUGGUUUGACGAGCUACAUCACCUUGGUAUUUCCUUCCAGCCAAACACGACUUACUACGAUAACUUUUACGACGCCUGGAACGCAGGCUUCCCGCUGGAGACCGUCGGCUCGGUGACUAUGAUGACUGGAUCCCGACUCUUUCCACGCUCCAACUUUGAGGACCCAUUCCGAUUCAACCAGACCGUGGCGGCCCUCCGCUCCACCGUUUCGGCGGGCUACUCGCUUCUGGCCUUUAACCUCAAAGCGGACUUGCUCGAUGGAGUUGCCUCCAGCUCCGCCAACCCAGCCUUCCGCAAGACCCUGAUGCAUGCCAUCACAUCGACCAGCUGGUCAAGCAAUGCGACCAAUGCCGAUAUCCUCGAGGAGAUGGAACACUUUACCUACGAUAUCCUGGGAGAGUGGCGGCGCACCUGCCCGGAGGCGGGAGCCUACAUGUCUGAGGCGGAUAUCAUGGAGCCAGACUUUCAGCAGGCCUUCUACGGCUCGUACUACGAUCGACUGUACGCCCUGAAGCAAAAGUAUGAUCCUACAGGACUGUUCUAUGCACCGACUGGGGUGGGUAGCGAGGACUGGAAGGUGCACAGCUUGGAUGGGCUGCCAGAUCAGAACGGCCGGUUAUGUAGGGUGUGA